GCCAUGUGUAAAAAAGUACAGGUAUUCGUAGGUACUACGUUCCUCGUGACCUCGCCGAUAUUAUCGUCCGUGCUUUGCCGUGUGGCGGCUUGCUUAUAUUCCCUUGCAUAUUGUUAUUGUUGCCAUCAUCGUCUCGUCUGGUGUUUCUCUUCUCUUGGGCCGAACAGAACAGGGACAGGCGCUGGACACGUAGCGUGCCCCACACCCUGCGCUUCGUAUACUGCCAGAGUUCAAUCCGACCCGAGAUGAUGAGCCGUCUGGCUGUGAUGAAUCUCUCUGCCUGUGUCUCACGGUGUGCAGCAUCUCGUUGUGUUACACGCGGCUGCCAUUAGCGCCGUUACUGGUCUUGCAGUCUACGUUCCUACAGAUAGAUAAUGGCUUGGAAUCGUCGCCGUCCGUCCCUUCGUCCUCAACCACUUCCCAAUUAGCUAGUAUGGUAUGACGUGAUGUGUCAUGCCAUGAUACUCGAAGACAAAGAUACAGACAUGCUGCAUUUGUUUUCGGCUCCUUCAGGUAGUUGGACCGCCUUGGUAUUUAUUUGCAUGCUCGGUAUGUGACGUGGCGGCGGUGGACUUACGACUCUAUUGUCAGGG